GGCAGCAGAGACAAUCUGUUCCCUCCGACCCCUUCCUGAUUGUCCUGACCUCAGGUGACCUCUCCGGGACACUUCCUGUCACAGAGUCAGAGCUGCCAUGUUGGAUGUGAGGAGGAGCGUGAACGAGCCGCCUCACUGUCCCGUUCAUUUACACCUCCACCCGUCUCACACACACACACACACACACACACACAGGUUUGUUUUGUAAAUAUACUAGAAUUGUCUUUAUCGGUCAGAGGUGUGAGGGACAUAGAGCAGGAUGAUUGACAGCUGAAGGGCGGGACCUGUCAUCAGGUUUUAACGAGGAGAGUGUUUGUGUAAAAGUAUAACACUCAAGAGUACUAGUAGUUCAUUUAUUCUUUGAAUACUCUUUAGUUUGGUCUAAAUAUGCAUUAAAUAUGUACUAAAUCCUCACAGAGCAAAAACUAAAAGAAGAAUAUCUUCAUUUAAGAGACAAUAACUAAUACUGGAAGAUACACCAGCUAAUAUCAAGGAGGAAGGUGUCUUAUUUAACCAGUACUAUGUCUGUCACUACUUCUAUACUCCUGCUUUGUUGUAGAUCCUCUUCUCCUUUCAGACAGACCCACUUCGCCCCCUGCUGGUCAGUUUGAGCACUGCACACAAGUUCAACUGAUGACAUCACAAUGACCUCACCUUCUCACAGAAGAGGAACUGAGCCGUGAAAGCUGCCGUUUCCAAAGAGUAGAAGAAGACGAAGACGCUGACAGGUCCGCUCGUCUUCAUCCAUCCAAAAACGUCCUGCUUCAUCGUCCAGAUGAGAAUAAAUAAUGUCACAUCUGUCCGUGAGGAGCUUCAGCGUCGCAGAAUAACACGUCACAUUUUAAUUUAAAGCCUGGUGAAUAAUUGACGAGCCGUCCCUCUCUUUCCAUCACUCUUUGUGGCGUCGCUCGUCAGGUUCUGCGGCCCGUGACAAACCUGCCCUCCCUCGCCUCAUCAUGUCCAGUUUCCACCUGCCACCGGCUGCGUGUUGACGGAGGAAGAAAACAGGAGCAGCUGCUGAAAGCUUUAAAGCCAUGAAGGAGCUCCUGCUCCUCCUCCUGCUGGUGACGGAGGCCUCCUCCAGGUCUCACAGCAGCUGGUGCGAGGGCGGCUGCGACUGUCGAGGAGACCUGAAGUUCACCAUCUGCUCUCGGGCGCUCUUCACCCAGCUCCCCUCCAGAAUCCCCCCCAACACGGAGCUCCUCGACCUCUCCGACAACCACAUCUCCGUCAUCCCCGAGCGCUCCUUCAGCAAAAACCGCAAGCUCCGCUUCCUGCUGCUGCAGAACAACAACAUCAGCGUGGUGGAGGACGGCGGCUUCUCGCAGAUGGAGUUCCUUCAGAAGCUGGACCUGAGCUGGAACCGGAUCUCCACCCUCACUGGAGGUUUCUCCAUGGGCUUGGGGUUCCUCCGUGAGCUGCAGCUCGCCCACAACCGCCUCAGGAGCCUGGACAGCCGCAGCUUCCUGCACCUGGACGGCCUCCAGAGGUUGAACCUGAGCUGCAACGGCAUCCACACCAUCCAGGUGAGGUCGUUCUCCUCCAUGAGCAGCCUGCGGCAGCUCCACCUGCAGGACAACCAGCUGACGUCUCUGCGGAGCGGCAUGUUCUCCAUGCUGCGCUCCCUGGAGGUCCUCAACCUGGCCGGGAACCGGAUCGGCGAGAUGGAGAUGGCGGUCUUCAAGCCGCUCACCAGCAUGACGCUGCUCAACCUGGCCGACAACCAGAUGUCCACCAUCUACUUCAAGACGUUCCUCAGCAUCCACACCUACAGCACCCACAUCCUGCUGGAGGAGAACCCGUGGGACUGCGACUGCGACCUGCAGAGAGUUUUCCGGAAGCUGAGGAGCAUCCAGAGGCUCUUCCUGGACGACUACUCCAACCUGACCUGCGGGGAGCCGGCGGCCCUCAAGGACUACCGGCUGACGGCCGUGGACUCGGAGCUGUGCCUCGCCGAGACGGUCACCGUGCUCAUCAUCACCGUCACCGUGGUGAUAACCGUGCUGGCCGCCAUGCUGAUGGGCGAGAGGAAGAGGAAGAAGAAGAAGAAGAGGAAGCACUGGACGCAGCAGGGGGAUCUCUCAGACGAGUCGGACUACUGAACCUUGAGUUAUAUCACCAUGAAGCUGCAUCCUGUCUUUUUUACGCUCUUUAUUUUCACAUUAAAACAAAGUGAUCUUCAGCAUUUUGACUUUCAGAAGUUGACAGAAAAACAUCUGCUCGCCUGGAAAGACAUUUCAGAUUUGUGGUUCACUGCUGCAUAAUAAAACCUUUAAUUAUUAACAGCUAUAUUAAUAAACAUGGUUUAUUCCCUCAUCUUUACAUGAAUGGAUACAAAUACAGUGUGUUUGUGACUGAAACAUUAAAUGGGAUGUUGU